AUGGAAUCGCUCAAGAAACUGUUGAUUGCCAAUCGGGGCGAGAUUGCUGUGAGGAUCAUCCGAACGGCGAAGAAACUGAACAUCCAAACCAUAGCUAUAUACACCGAGCCCGAUGCAGCAUCCACUCAUGUCCACCUCGCGGACAAAGCAGUCCUACUUCAAGGCCCCCCAUCCAAGGCAUAUCUAGAUGGGGAUCAGAUCAUCGACAUCGCCAAGCAGCAUCACGCGCAGGCCGUUAUACCCGGAUAUGGGUUCUUGUCUGAGAAUGCGGACUUUGCACGAUCGGUUGCACAGGCCGGCCUCGUCUUCGCCGGUCCUUCGCCCGAGUGCAUCGAGGCAUUUGGUCUUAAGCACACUGCGCGGGAGCUAGCUACCAAAGCGGAUGUGCCUAUUGUUCCUGGCUCAAAAGGACUGGUCCAGAGUGAGAAUGAAGCUAUUGAAAUUGCACAGGAGCUUGGAUUCCCAGUUAUGCUGAAAGCCACCGCAGGAGGCGGGGGAAUGGGCCUUCUGACCUGCCACUCAGUGCAGGAAGUUCGCCAAUCGUUCGCGACAGUCCGUUCGCGCGGCGAAGCACUUUUCAAGAAUGCCGGCAUAUUCAUCGAGCGCUAUUACCCAUACAGCCAUCAUAUCGAAAUCCAAGUCUUUGGUAAUGGCCAGGGCAAGGCUGUAGCAAUCGGUGAGCGCGAGUGUAGCAUCCAGCGCCGCCACCAGAAGGUCAUUGAAGAAUGCCCCAGCCCCUUUGUGACUAAACACAGCGGGCUCCGUGAGAAGCUUUGUCAAGCUUCAGUCCGCCUGGCCGAGUCUAUUCGCUACGGCUCCGCAGGUACGAUUGAGUUUCUUGUAGAUGACGAAACAGGCUCUUUCUUUUUCCUGGAGAUGAAUACGCGUCUGCAAGUGGAGCAUGGCAUCACGGAGCUUUGUUACGGCAUCGAUCUCGUCGACCUGAUGUUCAAACAGGCUGCUGCCAUGGUCUCAGGAAAAAAUGGUCUUGAUGCAUCGGUGCUGGAGAACUUAUCUGUCCAUGCCCCUUCCGGUGCAGCUAUAGAAGCCCGCGUCUAUGCCGAGAAUCCGGCUAAGGAUUUUGCUCCGUGUCCUGGAACUUUGCAAGAUGUCGAAUGGAAAGAAUUACGGGGUUCCAGGAUUGACACAUGGGUUUAUAGAGGAAUUGCCGUCUCUGCAAAUUACGACCCGCUUCUGGCAAAAGUAAUGUAUCAUACGCCGACACGAAAGCAGACAAUUGAGGGCAUGCAGACCAUAUUGCGAGAGUCGCGUAUCUGUGGCCCGCCAACGAACCUGGAGUUUCUAGCCUGUAUUCUGUCAGAUGAACGGUUUGUUGCUGGAGAUACCGUGACGAAAUUUCUGGAUGACUUUGAUUUCCGCCCCUCAGCAAUUGAUGUGAUUUCUGGUGGCGCAUAUACCCUGAUCGAAGACUGGCCUGGUCGUCCCACACUAGGCAGAGGCUUCUGUCACUCCGGCCCCAUGGACCCGUUAGCAUUUCGCAUUGCCAAUGCACUCGUGGGCAAUCCUAUCGGGACUGAGGCGUUGGAAAUCACCCUCAGUGGGCCGGAUCUGCGAUUCCUGGGUCCAGCUGUGGCCUCCCUUUGUGGCGCGGACAUAGAUGCCACCCUUGAUGGACAGCCCGUUGCGAGAUGGUCUCGAUUCACUAUUACCGCCGGUCAGCGCCUCACUAUCGGGAAGGUCACUGGAGGCGGCUGUAGAGCUUACCUUGCUGUGUAUGGGGGUUUCUCGAACGUGGCGGAAUGGUUUGGCUCCAAAUCGACUUCUCCUAUGGUUGGCGUUGGUGGAUAUCAAGGCCGUCAGUUGGCAGCAGGGGAUUUGCUGUCUAUUUCCCCCGACCCGCCAACUACUUAUGGCAAUAUGUCACUUCCAGAUCACCUUAUACCCGAGUAUCCCAGACACUGGGAACUGCUCUCUAUGCCAGGUCCAUUUGAUGUGGGCUACAUCGCCGACGAGAGCAUUGACAUGCUAUUUGAGACAGAAUGGAAAGUGUCCCACAACGCCGCCAGAGGCGGCAUACGAUUGAUUGGCCCAAAGCCCAAAUUCUCGCGCCCUGAUGGCGGGGAAGGGGGUGCACAUCCAUCCAACUUGAUCGAGUAUGGUUAUGGAAUAGGCGCCAUCAACUGGACUGGCGAUGACCCUGUUAUUUUCCCCGUCGACUCUCCAGACCUUGGGGGUUUUAUCAGUAGUCACACGAUUGUGAAAAGUGAUUUUUGGAAAAUAGGCCAGCUUCAAGCAGGGGAUACUUUGAAAUUCAGGGCUGUGUCUUUGGAGGAUGCGAUAUCGUCCCGUCGGCAUAUGGAAUCAUUCGUGGAUGCUGUUGUACAUGCCUGCAAUGGGGCUGGUGAUUUCGGCGGUGUUGCGCCUCUGAACCGCUCUCUGCCACCCGAGUUGAAAGGAAAAUCUCGGGGCACCGGCGUUGUUAAUCAGAUUCAGGAGCAAGGCAACAGGCCUCUUGUGACGUAUAGACAGAAUGGAGACGACUACCUUCUGAUUGACUAUGGCCAUGGAGCUUUUGACCUGAAUCAUCGGUGCAGAGUCACAGCGCUUAAGAAAGUCCUAGUCGAAGCCCAUGGAGACAUAUCUUUCUCCAAUGGUCUUGUCGGUAUGCCAGCUGAAACCCCGACAGCGCUCAUGCUCCAUUACAAUGGCUUGAGACUCCCGCGUGAGAAGCUUCUCAGCUACCUCCACUCAAUCGAAUCCGAACUGGGAGACCUUAGCCGAAUAAGAAUGCCCAGUCGUCUAUUUAAGCUCCCCUUGACCUUCGAAAGCAAGAAACAGACAGAAGCCAUUACCAGAUACAUGGAGACGCAACGCCCGUAUGCGUCAUACUUACCGGAUAAUAUCGACUUCAUAGCCAAGAACAACGCGUUCUCGAAGGCUCAGCUUGAGGAGAUCUUCUUGACGGCCAAUUUCAUGGUUAUUGCUGUCGGCUUCUUUACGGCGCUUCCUCUUUCUCUUCCCGUCGACCCACGACAACGUAUGUGUUGUCCCAAAGCGAACCCGUCGCGGGUGUUCACGCCGGGCGGCUCGGUGUCGUGGGGAGGUAGCUGUAUGGCAUUAUACAACGUCGAUUCUCCCGGCGGGUAUCAAAUGGCAGGGAUGACAAUCCCAGGCGUCGAUAUCCUCGGCUCCAAACAAGGCUAUGGCGCAAAUAAGCCUUGGCUAUUUGAAGAUUUCGACCAGCUGACCUUCUACCGCGUUUCAGAAGAAGAAUAUGGGGAACAGCUCGCCCUCUUCAAAAGUGGGCGCUACGAGUAUCAAUGGGAGGAAACCGAGUUCGAUAUGGCGGAGCACAACAAACUCCUCAAAGAGACCAAGGAUGAAGUGUCUGCCAUUAGGGAUCGCCAGAGAGAAGCGCAGGCGAAGAUGGAUCAAUUGGAGAAUGAUCUGAUGCAGAAAUGGGUAAAGGAGAAGGCUGAGAAGGAGAUACCGAGUGAUACGAUUGAGACUUUGCUACAAGCCACUAGAACUGACUUCAUUUCCGUAAUAAUAGAUCCCCAGAUCAUGCCUAUCGAAGCACCUCUCAGCGCCAACGUGUGGAAGAUUGAGGUGAAAGAGGGUGACAAGCUCGACGAGGACCAUCUUGUCGCCAUUCUCGAAGCGAUGAAGCUUGAGAUCAACGUCAGGGCUGAACCAUCAGCUGUUGGAGGGACUGUUGACAAGAUCCUGGUCAAGCAGGGUGACUCGAUCGAGGCAGGGAAGCCAAUGUUUCUGAUUCGGAAACAAGGAUAG